GGGAACUUAAAAAAAAAAAUCCAACUAAAUUUCACUAUUAUUGAUUGGAUGUGUCUCCAGGGCUCUGAGUGCGAGACAGGAAAGGGGGAAUAGAUUCAGAGUCCGAAAACUUGGCUUGUCUAGACUUAGUUCUGCCCUUAGAUUCGUUAAGCUUCCCCUCUCAUGACGAGUUUCCUCAUGGAAAGAAUGAGGAAAUGAGAUUAAAUUAUACCCCAGGUCUCUUGUAGGGCGAAUCUGUGAAUUUCCAAACUUCAGAGGUUCUAUAUCUUGUUUGGGGAAAACGUUAAGGGAUGGGAGAGACAGGCAAAGACGGGUGCAAGAAAAUAGGAUUGGCCCAAAAAUGUUUACUGUAUAAAGUGCAUUGAAUUUCAGGGGAACACUCCCAAGGGUCCAAGAGUGUACCCAAACGUAGCCUUGGGCUGACGCUGAAAAGUUGUGAACAAGGAUACUUUCUACUUGUGAGAAUGGAUGCACGUCUCGAGGGGGAGCCCCAGGACAGAAGCCCCUCUUCCCAUUGGCCCUUCGGGUUCGAAGCCUCCUUCCCCCACUGUCCCUCGGGUUCCAGAGCGUUGCCCCGUUGGGGUCAUGGCGGUGCGGAGAUGGGUUCGAGCCGCGCUCUUGGCGUUAGUGUCGGGGCUGUGCGCUUGGACGCUGCGGCCGGCUGCGGCCGAGGAUGCGAUGGGCCCUCACAUGGCUGUCCGUCUGGUCGAGAUGCUGACCCCAGAGGAGUGCCAGCAGUUCCGAGCCCUUCUGGAGGCGCCCGAGCCGGACCCGGAGGCUGAGCUGGCCCGACUGUCGGAGGACCGGAGGCCGUCUGACGAAGAGUCGGGGGAAAGCCGGCGGGGGCGGCGGCGGCGGCGGCGGCAGGAACUGGAGCAGGAGCCGCUCGACUCCUCCAGCGGCUGCCAGAAGGAGCUGGCCGGCUGGCUGGAGGCCAGGGCGCCGGCCCUGGCGUGGGACCGGGUGGCGCGGGCGCUGCGGCGCUGCGGUCGCCCGGACGUGGCUCGGGAGCUGGCCAAGAGCCUGCACCAAGAAGCCACCCUGGAGCUGCGCAAAUUCGCUCUCCCCUACCAGAAAGCGGCGGCGGCCCAGCCGUCCUCUGCGCAGCCCCUGCAGCCCCGCGCCGUGCCUUCCGACUGGGAAGCUCAGGAUGUCUGGGAUGCACUGGAGCUGGUCGUGGAGAGGCUGCCCCAGGCCCCAUACCCACACAGUUCCACUGCCUGGUGGGCCCGGCCCCUGGGUCUCGGCUUCCUCAGCGGCUUCAUGGGCGCCUUCGGCUUGGGGAUACUGACCAUCCUCCUCGCACUGUGGAUUUCCGGAGGUGAUGGAGAGAACCAGGAUGGAGACUAUGGCUCCGAGAACCCCAGCCUAGUCUCUGUGCCCCUCCUGAGACCCAGCGGGUCCCACUGCCUGUGGGAAAUUAAAACCCUUUCUUAAAAGAGUCCUCAUCAUCUCUUAGGUGGCCCAGAGUUGAAAUGACACAGCCCUGGAUUGUAAGAGUAAGGGACAAGAUAUGGUGGGAAAAUUUUAGUUUUAUGAUUCUUAGUUUCCCAAUCUGCAAAACAGAGAAAAGUGUUUCCUAACCAGACACCAAAUAGUGGUAGGAGGUUUCAAACUUGGACAAAUACAAAAUAAUCUCUCUCUCUCUCUCUCUCACACACACACACACACAUACACACAAAUAGCACAUGGUGUCUCAGAAAUAAACCUCUCAAAAACAAUACAAAAGAUGUUUAUUUGUUUAUUUUUUAAAAAGGGAGGAGAUAGAGCAUGGCUUUGAAAAGACUUCUGGCUGAGAUAGCUCAUCUACUGUUUGAUAGAACAGGUUAUUUUCAGUGAUCAAUGCACUGAUGAAUCAUCUAGACCUCAAUUCUUUCUCCUUACUCAUGGGAGGAUAUAAGGAAGUAAUAGUCAUUUAUUUAAGCUCUUCCCCCAUCCCAGAAAAAGCACUUUCAAACGGGACCCAACAAAUGUAUAGAAACUUAAGUUGUUGAAAGCCAAGUUCAGGCUCAAGCAGGAAAUGGGAGCAGGGAGAGCAGAGGGGAUCACAACUAGGGUCCAUUUCCCUCUCUCUAACCAGAAGGAAUGAGGAUGCUGGAGGUUUAGGGGGAAGGAGGGGAAGUAUGGGAUUUCUAAAACGGAAGUUCCUAUAGCUAUGUGAACAAGGGUCAUCUUGCAACAAGAUCGUCUAGGGAAUUAGUAUUUUGGAUAGAGAAUGGAUUUCAUUGGUACUGGGAAGUCAGCUUGUGAGGAAAUUCCCGCUACCAAAGAUGAACAAUGUCUCUGGAUAACAAUCAUGGACAGGAUAUCCAGGCUCCACCAAAUAGUAUGUGUCAGAGGCAGGACUUGAACCCAGGGCUCCCAUUAUCACAAUCACCUUGUAAGGAAGAAACUUGACUUAUUUUACAGAGGGGAAACAUAUGUGUUCAUGGUCACACAGCUAAGUUGGUGACCCAGAGCCAGAAUUAGAAACCAUCCAAUAAUGGAUAGGAUUUUAAAGAUGGGGACCCAUGUAGUCCAACCCCACUGUUUUACAGAGAAAGAACUUGAAGCCCAGGAAAGGGAAAUGAGUCAGGUGCUUAAGACUUCACAGCAAAUUAGUAGCAGUCCCAACAUGAAUCCAGAAAUUCUUAUUCCAAAUUCUACUAUGCUGUUGGUCCUGUGCUAGGUGGUGAUGCUGUAAUUCCUAUUUUGCUGUCACUGUGGUAAAUGUCAGUAUUUGGAGUGGAGUCCUCUACUUCCUUCCUCCACAGACUGGGCAAAUCCUGAGGAUAUAGGAAGCCUUUUGACUAAAAUUUAGCAUGAUGAGAAUUCUAUUCCUGACCUUUUCCAAAGAGUCAAACAGGCUGAUUAUUGAGUGUGUGUGUGUGUGUGUGUGUGGCUGAAUGCUUAGGAAUGUCUAUUCUCAGUCAGUUCAUGAGAAGCUGGCUCAGUCUAAAGGAUCAAGGCCAAUUUAGCCCAUACCCAUCUCGUCCCACGAGGUCGUUUCUCACCCGGAGAUCUCGGCAAACUUCUAGGUGGGCUCAGGAAUGAACCAGACUCCUCUCAGUAAUCCCUGAUUGGAACCUCUCCUUCCCUCCCUCCAAGGAUGGGCUAAAAGGACUCUGCUGAGGGAGAUUGACAGCAAUGAGAGAAUGACAGGCCGAUCCAAGAGGAGAGUUGAAAACAAGAUUGACGUAACCCUUUAUUGCAAAUUCUAAAGUAAAAAGAUGUACAGUACAAAGUAAAAUCAAAAUUUCAGACUAUAAUCUUCCAACCCACUAUACAUUCUCAUGUCUCAAGCAUGCCUGCCUUUCUCCGAAGAAACGGAACAGGGAACAAGCCAAGAGGGUGGGGGAAGGAGAUACAGCAAGGAAAACAAUAUAGACUGUCUAGUUAUCACCAACUCUGGAAGCAAGUGAAAAGAAAGCCAUUUUCUCGACCUGCUGUUCUGAUGCUGAGAAGCGGGGGUGGUUGGAGCAGUGCAAUUUAAAAUGGCUCUCAUAAUAGCAGCAUUUAUGGUACUGUUUUCAUCUUCCUCAGUUCAAGAAUAGUAAUAAUAAUACUUUUUUGCUCUUCCCUAGUGCCUUUGCCUCAUGGACCUCAAAGCGCUUUACAGACAUUUAGUUGAAGCCUCACAACACCCCUGUGAGGUAGGUCAGUAUUAUUAUCCCCAUUUUACAGAUGGGGAAACUGAGGCACAGAGAGGUUAAGUGGCUUGCCUAAGGCCACAGAACGAGCCAGUGGCAGAAGCUGAGGAUGGAAUCCAGGAGUCCUGUUCCUUUGCUGAAACCACUGGGUCACACUCCCCUUUACCUACAAAUGUUCCAUACACUCACACACACACACGCGCGUGCGAACGCACACACACACCACAUGCACACCCAUCCCGAACUUCUCAACCACCUCUAUGUACAGCAGCAGCAGUGGGAGCCCCAGGAGAUUGUUCUAACUUUGGGAAGAGCUUGGCUGGCUACCUUUUGAAAAAGCAAGACCAAGACAACCAGGCGCUGAGCGAUUUGUUCCAUUGUGGUACAAACCUUGCAAUCUCUCCCUGAUCCUGACCUGAUUUCCCCACUGUGCUGGCCAACUGGAGCCAAUUCCUCAGGAGUGUGAGUAGGUGCAAGUGAGUGGGGUGAGGUUUCUGAAAAUGGACAAAGCUUUUUGCAAAAAACUUUGGGCACUGGGGAAAAAGUAGGCAACAUGGUCGAAGAUGCUCAGGAGUUAAGUCCUAAGUGAUGGCAAACACUCUUCCAUUGCAGGGCUUGGGGGCUAGGGAGCGCGGGGUGGCUGGGAGAAGAGAGCAAGAGUUGGCUUUGGGGAUGGGUUCGCCAUCUACCUCCUUCCAAAACUGCAGCUUCCCAAGUUGAACAAAAAACACUUGUUUUUGCUACUGCGUAAUUCUGGACCAGAGAUAUGGCCUAAAAGAGGGGUGCCUUUCACCUGGCUGCUGUAGAGGAUAUGAAUGGGAGUGAUCUGUUUUAAGAACCAGCCCCGCUUUGUCCAGCUGGAGAAGGAAUGAUGGCCGGGGGUCAGUGUAUUGCAUAGCAGGGGGGGAUGAGGAGGCUAUUGGGAGCUGUGCCCACUGGGGAAGGUAUGUAUGGGGAAGAAGAUUUCUUCCUUAUGUAAUGGGGAAAGCAGUUGGGAACCAAACCAGCAGGACCAACACUAGUGACACUUUAGAGAAAUUCAGCUGGGGAGGCUGAGAUGAUUUCCGGAGUUUCUGGGUCAAGAUCCAGUGUGGGCAAGGGAGGCUAUGUACAAUUGGUGGGAGGAGGCAUCUGAGUCCAGGUCAAGUUUUUCCACUCCCAUCUUUAUAUGUUCCUCUCUCAAAAACCAGAGCCUUCCAAGAGACUUUCUGACUUCUCCUCCCUCCCUUCCCAAAUCCAAUUUGCUAAUAUCUCAUUUCCCAGACCCAAACCAGAACUCAAGAACCGGGACAGUCAAGCAACAGACACACACCAAGACGAACUUCCCUUGUACAGUAAAAAGGGUAAUUUUUAUUAUGUUUCCUUUUGGCUUAUGAUAGUGAUGUAUUUGAUCACACCUGUCUUAGAGCAGCAUUGGUCUCCAUGCAGUCACUAAUACACUCAUCUUUCAUUAUUGGUCUUUUACAGGCUUACAGUUGUUUCGGCAGAAAAAGAAAAGGACUUUGGGUAAAGUGACCCCAGGGGUUCUAACUUGGGGUCUCUGCUUAAUUCUCCUACAUGGACUCCCCAUGCUAAACAGGGUGCAUUCAGAAAGGAUUGAGCGCAGCUCAUCUGAAUUGGAUCAGUUUUUCUAUCUUUCCCCCAACUUCCAUCUUGCCCUCUGCUUGGAAUUCUUAAAGAGCAACCACAGUUGGAAGGAAAGAAGGGAAGGGGGGGUGAGGGACAGGUGGUACGAAUCCACCGACAACCGCGAUGUCUGAUGCUGCUGCUCGUGGCUUUGGCUUUGCAUUUUUAAAUGGACAGCAUCGUGUGUCUGUUUGCUUUUUUUGUCCUCUUUUAAAGGUGGAUUCCCAAGUAUAAAUACUGCACCAAGGACCUGGCUACAAAAAAUAAAUAUUUAUAUUAUAUUUAUAUAUCUAUAUAUAUAUAUAUAUAUGCGCGCAGUGGUACUGUGGAUGCUGCUGCUUUCCUGAUUGGCAUUUUUAGUUUUUGGCAAAGUAUUGCCACUCACCUGCCCAGGGAAAACAUACAAAAAUGUCAGUAGUAGUUCUUUCAGUUCAGUGCCCAUUCUCUAUGGGUGUAAACUGCUGGUGAUGGUGUCAUUUGCUACCAAAAGGAGUGUGGAGUGGAGGUGGGUGAUUAGGUAAGGGCAAGAAGGGUCAGAAGAGUUCUUUCUUUCUUUAAAAGAAAAAAAAAAGAAAAAGAUGAAAAUUCAAAUGACAGAGGGAAUGACCUAUUCCCUGGGAAGCUGGUGAAGGGAUGUCAGAUACCAAGGCCCACGUGGUACUAAGGAAAAAUCGUUGGAUUGGGAAUGGGAAAUUUGGGCAAGGGAAAAAAAAAGUCAAAUUUCAGGAAAAGAUCUCAUUAUUAUGCUCUAGUAGCUUAAUGACAUCAUUAGUGUGAGCACUCCAUGUACCCGCCAUGCUGGAUAUUACAACUCUGUUGCCCAUUUCAAGACCUAAGAACAAUUAUGAAGUUUAGCCAAAUCUUGCAUAGAAGUGGUUAGAAUUUAUUGCACAUUGGAACAAAAAUAAACUUUUUUUUGUCAUUUUGGAAAAGACCAUUAGCAAUAAAAAAUUUUUUGUCUGUCUGGUUUGGGGAUGUACAUUGGCUGACAGCAUCUAAGACCUAAGAAGAAAGAAAAGUAUAAAAAAUAAAAAUAAACAUGACAAUGGCAUAAGCCAGAAGCCAUUUCCUAUUUAAUUUAGUUAAUCUUUUGUAUUUACAAAAGGCAUGCCAGUAAAAUAAAAUGAUGAUAUAUUACAGUAUUUAUAAUUCUCUUAAAAAGUUUAACCACACGUCUCAGCUUUUGUGCUGUUUACAAUGGAGCCUGUACAUAUGUAUGUGACUAUACAACCUAGCAGUAGGAAGGGUAACUGGCAGGUAAAAAUGACUUCCUAUUCUUGUAUCUAGUAUCACAGGACAGACAGCUCUGCUGAUGACACUGCUGGAACUGGCCUAGGAGAACUGAAUGGAGCUCUCUUACUCCCUCAAUCACCACUUAAGUCCAGCCUGAUAAAGAGCUCUGUUUACUGAUUGGCUGUGGUUUGGUCUAUGCAAAACAAGCCAGUUAAACUGUGAAAUGACAACCUAAGUGUUUCUAUUGCAAGGCAGGUUGGUGUAUUAUGUUUUGGGGGGAUUUUUCCCCUUUUUAUGGUUCUAGAAGGUUGUAUUUGAUUUGGUCCACGCUCUCUAACAUCUCCAUCUCUCUCUCUCUCUCUCUCUCUCU